UCCACGGACAUCAUGCCAUCACUUUGCAGAGCUGGUGGAUGGAGAAGUUCCACAAUGUCCUCUGGAGUCACAGCCCAGUGUGGAUGCCGGUCCAGUUUUGCAGUACUUCAAGUGCAUCCCGUUCCACUAUCGGCUGCAAGCAUCUUGGAAACAUUGAUGAUUGGGAGGACUUCACAGCUGCUCUUGAACCAUUGCUGGAUGACAAUGCAAGAGGAAAGCUGGGCAAGGUUGCAGUCAAACUGGUGGACAAGAAUCUGAAGAAUAACUAUCGAAAUGUCCUUGAUCAGUUCCAUGAAAUGAACCAAAGAACGAUCACUGGCAGUGGACAUGGAGUCACUAGCGUAUUCUGUAUCAUCCUCUAUCUGAUUAAGAAGAAACAAGAGCUGACCAUUGAUGAGUUGUGUGCACAGUUGGAGGACAGUGCUCCGGAGAAUCGCAACCUGAUCCGCACAGCUCUCCUUGAGGCAGAAUACACGGAAUAGCUGUGUUGACAGGUAGAAGGCAGUGGACACAAGCACCAGGAUGCUGGUUAUCGAGAUGUCAGCUCCGUGUGGUUUUGCCGGAUUCAAGCGGGCUCUUUGUACGCUGGCUUUGUUGCAUGUUCUGUGCUGCACAUUGCUCCCCAGGCACAGUGGAAUGAUAGUGUACAUAGUUUUGAACUCAUCGGCACGGUACACUCGUGCGAGUACUUGAGCGUUUUGAACUAAUAUUUUACUUGUCUCCUCAGUCUAUGCACGUGAUCAUACUGAAGUUGGUAGUUGAUGUUCUAAGAAUUCCGAGUUUGCUGUUGCAUUUUCCCUGCAAUCAAAUCCAAGCUAUUUGCUAGGCUAUAUUGCCCGUUGAGUUGCCGGUUGAUUUCCAGGGUCAUAUGCUGCCCUGUUUUCUUUCUGUCGUCGCCUAUUCAUUUUCCGAGACACGGCCUGAUCCCCGAACCGGGUCAAAUCCUUUAUUCAUGUACAUGUAAGUACUUGACAAACAUUCUACAUAGUUAUACAUGUACUCAUGCUGUA